AUGCCUAUUAAGCUCACAACCAAAUAUCUUCAUUCUAGAGACCCCGCAACCGGCAUCUCAGCAAAAAGAUGCCCGCCUUGUACCAAAGAAGAACCUGAUGUGCCAUUGGAGGGACCCGUUGAAGAGCAUUCUGUCACCUCAGGUAGUCAGUUAUAUCCUCUCACAGCGCUGGCGGGACCUUAUACAGUGGAUCACCAAAGGCACCGCUCCGGCGAACCGGUUUACCAUCCAUCUUACGAUGUAAACGAACACGCAUACGGGUUGACACCCCACACCCCUAUUUCUGAAAGCGGGUGUGCUUCGCCUUCCGUCAGUUAUAAUACAAUGACUUAUUGGCAACCAGAACGACGAAAAAUUGCGAAAUUCACCGAAUUGCCGCCCAAAAAGCAAUCCGACAAAAGUGGCAAUGAGAUGUCUAUGCUAGCGGUGCUUCCGGACGACAAAGUAUCCAAUAAUGAAUGCGCCCGAAACGCAUCUUGUUACCUUCCUCCCACUCGAACAAACAAAAAGAGGCAACCUUCCUCCGAGUGGCCACCACCGCAUCAAGGAAACAACGUUGUGGAUUAUAUGCGUUUAAUGGGACAAACCAGAUCAACCCUCAAAGAAAACUCCAUGAGUAAAUUCCUUGCAAAAUCUUCCCUCAACAGCCCUUCGAAUUUGUAUCAGAGUAUCGAGUUCAGAGUGGCUCUGGAUUCGGGUGUUCCAAGGAAAUGUGACACCGGGGGCUCAGCCUUCACCCCACCAGAGUUGAGCCAUGUACCCAAGUUGACGAAAAAGCAAAUAUAUAACCGUACGGAAUCCGAGAUGGGCUCGAAUUGUAAAAGAAGAGGAGCGGAUCCGGAAAUCAACUACAGCAGUCCAGUUAAGGGGCUACACCGAGCUAAUUCUGAUCGCACUGGUUAUGUCCAAACAAGUUUUGUAUAA